UGGCUAAAUGUAGUAUGCGAUAGGUCGUUACAAGAUACAGUCGCAGUCAUUGAGACAAGAUACGACAAAAUCAAGCAGUGUCUAUUAACAAUUAUGAAUUGAUUUGUAUUCAGACACGCUCGACUCGACGACGUCCGACGAUCGCAGCACUCAUUAUGUAUUUACAGACGUGAUGUGUAAUUAUUUAUUGAUUUAAUUGGGUUUUUAAUUAAAAGUAGUGUUUUUAAAUAUCUUAAUUUGGACCAUGAACAGAACAAACGAAAAUAAAGAAGCCAACGUCAUCGAUAAAGAUAACGGCAAUUUAAAUAACCAACAAGAUAAAACAUUCAAUCCUCCAACUAAUAAUCUAAAUACCUGUAAGGAAGAAGAUUUGAAGAAAUCAUGGUGUGUUACCGCAACGCCUUCAAUAUUACAUUUUUUAACAUUAUUAAUAUUAGGUACGUCAAUAUGGGGUAUAUUGUGGAGUGCAUGGGGUGAAAACUGGUGGAUAGGUGGGCCAUGGUUUCGCCUGGCUGCAGUUCCCGUAGCAGGAUGGGCCAGCGGACAAGUAUUACACAAAUUGACAACACUUCCACCGCUUCUUGCUGCUUUACUGACAGGAAUUAUAGCAAGGCACUGGGGCAUCCUUGACAUGAGAGAAUAUACUCAUAUCGACGCUUUCUUGAGAAAAGUAUACCCAGUUAUAAUUUUAGGCAAAGCGUCUUUAGGAUGGGACGUGAAAUACAUGAGAAAUAACUACAAACUGAUAGCAUCAUUAGGUGUCUUACCUUGGGCUGCCGAAGUAUUUAUACUUGCUGUACUGGUCAAUUUAUUAUUGGACUUUCCUUGGUUAUGGGGCUUCCUGCUGGGUUCCAUAUAUGCGUCCGUGUCAUGUGCAGUAAUAAUGCCAUCUGUGAUUAAACACAACAAACUCGCUGGCGGGAAACGCAAUUGGACACAACUGAUAUGCACUGCUGGUGGCAUCGAUACAGCCCUAAGUGUCGGCGUUUAUGGUCUUAUCUACAGCUUUAUAUUCUACGAUACCAAUGAUAUAUAUCGCUAUACAAAAGCGUCUUUGACGAUAUUUGUAGGAGUAGCGCUCGGUAUUAUGUGGGGCUCUUUAGCGGGUCUAGUACCCCACUCACAAGAUUUCUAUGUCACGGAGUUGCGAGUUCUCUUCGUGUUGAUCGGUGGUCUCCUUGCCAACUUUCUUACAUCACUAUUCGGAUGGGCAGGCGCAGGAGGCGUUGCAGUGCUAGCUUGCAACGCCACUGCAGCCACACACUGGGCGCGACACGGUUGGAAACUUAACAACAAUUCCGCAUCAACAACGUACCGCGUAUUAUGGGCUGCGUUUGAACCUACACUUUUCACCUAUACAGGAACAUUUUUUGUGAUCAAUACGUCUGUAUCAAGGCUGUUAUUAGGCUUCGCGAUCCUGGCUGUGUGCCUAAUAGUACGACUGUCAGUCACGUUCCUCGUCUGCUGGAAUUUUACGCUUAAAGAAAAGAUCUACGUAUGUUGCACGUGGAUAACAAAAUCAAUUGUCGAGGCUGUGUUAUGCCCCUUGGCAUUAGUCACAUUGAUGUCAUCUUAUGUACAUGACGACAUACGACUGAAAUACGCGGAAGAUAUGAUGAUACUUACAAUACAAGCAAUUCUUAUCACUACACCUAUUGGCUUUCUCUUAACAAACUGUAUAGAAGAAAAGCAGAGUAUAUAUCAAGAGUGA